AGCAAAAGACGGAACCAAAGCUAAAACUGAUGAGAACCUCUUAGUGCUCGUUAUCCCUAACCUCACACAUAAAAAUCACCAACCAAAGCCAAUAUAAAACAAAGAAGAGAAAACAGAGAGAGUUAGAGUGAUAACUGAGAAGUAGUAAAAGAAGAAAAUGGCAGUAGAGAUAGCUCUGAGAGUAACAGGUUCGAGUGCAACUGUUUGUAAUCUAAAUGGGUCUCACAGGAGGCCAGCCCCUCUAUCUCCUGUAACUCGUUUUCUGGGUCUGCCUCCUCGAGCUUCUUUUUCUUCUUCAAUUUCCUCUUCUCUCUCUCAGUUCUUGGGAAGUGUCCGAAUUGGCUCUAGAUUUCCCAUUUCCCGUCAUCAACAUGGGAAGAGAAGGAACUUCUCUGUCUUCGCUAUGGCCGCCGACGAGACAAAGCGUGAGGUGCCAUUGAAAGAUUAUCGCAAUAUUGGAAUUAUGGCUCACAUAGAUGCAGGAAAGACCACAACAACAGAACGUAUUCUAUUCUACACAGGAAGAAACUAUAAAAUUGGUGAGGUACAUGAGGGCACCGCUACAAUGGACUGGAUGGAGCAAGAGCAGGAAAGAGGUAUUACCAUAACAUCAGCUGCAACUACGGCAUUUUGGAAAAAGCACCGAAUUAAUAUUAUUGAUACCCCUGGCCAUGUUGACUUCACACUUGAAGUGGAGCGAGCUCUCAGGGUUUUAGAUGGAGCUAUAUGCUUGUUUGACAGUGUUGCUGGUGUUGAACCACAAUCUGAAACUGUGUGGAGGCAAGCUGAUAAGUAUGGAGUACCCAGAAUUUGCUUUGUCAAUAAGAUGGAUCGUCUAGGAGCAAACUUUUUCCGGACAAGAGACAUGAUGGUAACAAAUUUGGGUGCUAAACCACUUGUGAUUCAACUACCAAUUGGUGCAGAAGACAAUUUUCAAGGAGUGAUUGACCUUGUAAAGAUGAAAGCUGUUCUCUGGUCAGGGGAAGAGUUGGGUGCAAAGUUUGACUAUGUCGAUAUUCCAGCUGAUCUUGGGGAGUUGGCUGAAGAGUACCGGUCACAAAUGAUAGAAACCAUAGUUGAAUUAGAUGAUCAAGCUAUGGAGAGCUAUCUAGAAGGAGUUGAGCCUGAUGAGGAAACCAUUAAUAAAUUAAUUAGGAAAGGUACCAUUGGAAGCAGUUUUGUGCCAGUAUUAUGUGGCUCAGCUUUUAAAAAUAAGGGAGUUCAGCCGUUACUUGAUGCUGUUAUGUAUUACUUGCCAUCACCUCUUGACUUGCCAGCUAUGAAGGGGACUGAUCCUGAAAACCCUGAAGUGACAAUUGAAAGGACAGCAAGUGAUGAUGAACCAUUUUCUGGACUAGCUUUCAAGAUUAUGACUGAUCCAUUUGUGGGAUCCCUAACGUUUGUCAGGGUGUAUUCAGGGAAGCUUAGUGCAGGAUCUUACGUGCUGAAUGCAAACAAAGGAAAGAAAGAGAGAAUUGGUAGACUUUUGGAAAUGCAUGCCAACAGUAGAGAGGAUGUUAAGGUUGCUUUGGCUGGUGAUAUUGUUGCUCUUGCAGGUCUAAAAGAUACUAUUACAGGUGAAACUCUCAGCGAUGCUGACCAUCCUGUUGUCCUUGAACGGAUGGACUUCCCUGAUCCCGUGAUUAAGAUUGCUAUUGAACCCAAGACUAAAGCUGAUGUUGAUAAAAUGGCUAAUGGCUUGAUCAAGCUUGCUCAAGAAGACCCUUCUUUCCACUUCUCACUGGAUGAAGAGAUCAACCAGACUGUGAUUGAAGGAAUGGGAGAAUUGCAUCUAGAGAUUAUUGUUGAUCGUCUGAAGAGAGAGUUCAAGGUAGAAGCUAAUAUUGGUGUACCUCAAGUAAAUUACCGUGAGAGCAUUUCUAAAGUUUCAGAAGUAAAGUAUGUGCAUAAGAAACAGUCAGGUGGGCAAGGGCAGUUUGCUGAUAUUACUGUACGUUUUGAGCCGAUGGGUCCAGGUAGUGGAUAUGAGUUCAAGAGUGAAAUCAAGGGAGGAGCAGUGCCAAAAGAAUAUAUUCCUGGAGUGAUGAAGGGACUGGCGGAGUGUAUGAAUAAUGGUGUGCUUGCAGGCUUUCCUGUUGUUGAUGUACGUGCCGUGCUAGUAGAUGGUUCUUACCACGAUGUUGAUUCAAGUGUCUUGGCAUUUCAGCUGGCAGCCAGGGGAGCCUUCAGAGAGGGGAUUAGAAAGGCUGGCCCUAGGAUGCUUGAACCUAUAAUGAAAGUUGAGGUUGUCACACCUGAAGAACACUUGGGUGAUGUGAUUGGUGAUCUCAACUCCCGAAGAGGCCAGAUUAACAGCUUUGGUGAUAAACCUGGUGGGCUCAAGGUGGUGGAUGCCCUAGUUCCGCUCGCGGAGAUGUUCCAGUAUGUCAGCACUCUCCGAGGAAUGACAAAAGGUCGUGCAUCCUACACCAUGCAACUAGCCAAGUUUGAUGUUGUUCCUCAACACAUCCAGAACGAGCUUGCUUCAAAAGGGCAAGAAGUUGCCGCUUGAUUUGUUUUUUCCUGGCGUCCCAACUACCAGGAGCACAAUUUUUUUGUUCACUCCAUAAAGUGCAACAUUACUCUUCUUUUUCCCUUUUUUUUUUUUUUUUAAUUUUAAAUUUCAUGUAUCAGUUUGGGAUACAAAAGUAACAAAUUCGUAAGCACAAACACUGCUUCUGUCUUCAAAUUUAUUAAGG